CCUAACCUGACACGGGGGGGGGGUUUACAGAGCGGUUGGUGGGCGGAGCAGAGCAGCUGUCAUCCUUUCCCCCCUCCCCCCCACCCCGCAACUGGCGACAUGGCGCCUCGGAGGGCUCGCUUCGCCUCAGAACAUGAAAGUGAUGAUGACUCAUAUGAAGUACUGGAUUUAACAGAAUAUGCAAGGCGUCAUCAUUGGUGGAACCGAUUAUUUGGCCGAAAUUCUGGACCUAUUGUAGAAAAGUAUUCUGUAGCUACUCAGAUUGUAAUUGGUGGAGUAACCGGCUGGUGUGCGGGAUUUUUGUUCCAGAAGGUUGGGAAACUUGCAGCAACUGCAGUAGGCGGUGGUUUUCUUUUGCUACAAAUAGCGAGUCACAGCGGCUAUGUACAGGUUGACUGGAAAAGGGUUGAAAAAGAUGUAAAUAAAGCGAAGAAGCAGCUCAAAAAGCGAGCAAACAAGGCAGCUCCUGAAAUCAACACAUUGAUCGAAGAGGUAAAGUCCACAGAGUUUCUGAAACAGAACAUAGUGGUAUCUGGUGGAUUUGUUGGAGGCUUCUUGUUGGGCCUUGCAUCUUAAGGACAUGACUUGCAUUUUCUUGCUGGCUUGAACUAUAGUAAAGAGGAAUAAUAGGACAGUCUAUAAGCGAGGCAAUCUGAGUCGUUCACUCAUCACUUUGGAGCAAGAUGGAUGGAUUUGCGAGACAAAUCAGAGUAUUUUGCUUUUUAGGCUUUGCCUCCUUAAACUUACUUAAACAGGUCUACUGAAAAUUCAGCAAUGUAUUCAGUAGCAUUGCUGAAGGAAACAAACUAACAAUCUGGCUAAUGUUUGUCAUGUUUUUUGUUAUUGUAUCUUUAUUCUAAAUUCAACAUAUUUGCUAUCUUAUGGGUCUACAUCAUUUUUCCAGUUUUAGGAAUAUAUAUUUUAUUAUUUAAAGCUAUCUUAUGCUGUAGCCAGUUGUAUUUAUAACUGAAUGUGUAGAAUAUUGUACUUUAGGCUCAGAGCUAGCCAUCAUCUGUAGAAAUCACUGCAAUAACAUUUUUUAUGUCUGUAAUAUCUUUUUUGCAAAGAUGAAAUAAGCAAUUGUGCACCUAUUAAAGAAUGAGUAUUGAUAACUGA